AGUUCUUCUAGCAGUCAUAAGGUUUCCUGGUAAUGUCAGUUCUAAUUAAUAGCAUUCAAUGACGUCUCAAACUAAAAAUAGCCCCUUUGCGCUACGAAAUGUGGCUAUCAACCUGGCUGCCGGAGGCUCCGCUGGAUUCUGCGAGAUCUGCAUCAUGCAUCCACUUGAUGUUGUCAAAACCCGUCUUCAACUGCAGAAAUCUGGGGGUAAUCCUGCUGACCCUCACUUUUACACAUCAGUUUUUGAUUGUUUGAGGAAGACAGCUCGACAUGAGGGCCUCACUGCCUUGUAUAAAGGAGUCAUCCCUCCAGUGCUGGUGGAAACUCCUAAGCGAGCUGUUAAGUUCCUGACAUUCCAAAUGUAUAAGGAGCUUAUGGGAGCUUCGAACCCUGUGACUUAUUUUGUGGCUGGCCUUGGGUCAGGAGUCACUGAGGCAAUCCUUGUCAACCCUUUUGAGGUUGUCAAAGUGGCUCAGCAGGCAAACAAAGCAAAGCACUCGGCGACGCCAGGGCCCUUCGUUGUAGCGCGGGAGAUCAUCGCACGUGAAGGCAUCCUAGGCCUGAACAAGGGCAUGACUGCCACCAUCGGCCGUAAUGGUACCUUCAACAUGGUCUACUUCGGCCUCUUUCACACCAUCAACACUGAAGUGCUCUCUCCUCGCCAGGAAAACUGGCAGAACAACCUGCAAAAGUUCUUCGUGGGUUUCGGCACAGGCGUGCUGGCGUGCAUCUUGAACAUCCCCUUCGACGUCGCCAAGAGCAGAAUACAAGGACCGCAGGCUGACCCGCGCAAUCCCAAGUACAGAGGCACGCUCUCAUCCAUCGCCAUUGUCUACAAGGAGGAGGGGUUCAUGGCGCUGUACAAAGGCCUCGUCCCGAAAGUUCUGCGCCUUGGCCCCGGUGCUGGGAUCAUGAUGAUCGUGUACGAGAGCGUCUACAACUUCCUCGUGCAGCGGUACCCGCAACACUGAUGUCAACACGAGACAGAUGCGAGAAAAUAACGUAACAGCCUGCAUCAGUGCUACGGUUGGCCUCUUGCUGUUUGGUGGAGCAACGUUCGACAACGGCAAAAAGGACUAUAAUUAAUGCCCUGUCAUUUAACCAGAUUGUGCCAUUGAAAAAUAUUUCCAUAAUGAAAAAAAUAGUAAUAUUUAAUGUUUAUGACAACGCUAUGUAAUUUAGCACAGUUAGGUGGUUUUAGAAUAAUAAUGUUAUUGUACUGGGUUUGUUAUAAAUAGGAAUUCAAUAGUUGGUAUUAGAUUUAUGGUUACAUUCCUUUCUGGAAAAAUCCGGAUUUAGUGUAAUUUGUCUGUUAUCAAUAGAAGAGAUAAUUUAUUGAAUUUCGUGAAUGAUUUCAAAGAGCAGCUCUUAAGUUAUCUUUCUGGCUCAUUUGAAAUGGCAUCAGAAGAUCUAAAUGCACGAAAAAUUUUCCAGCGACAUAGUACGAAUUUAUAUGGCGUGCAACGUGCAAUUCUAAGUUCGCAAUUACUGUAAGUAAUACUCAAGGAGUGCUUAGUGACCGCAUGACAGUUUAGCGUGACGUAACAUUUCUUACGUUUUAGUGUUCGUGAUGACUAAGAUUUAUUUUCUGUGUUGAAGUAAGAAAAGUACUAAAUUAGAAGAGUUUAUAAGAGUUGGUAUUGAUAUGCUGAAUUGACUAGCAUAUUUGACGCGUGAUGACUGUGGCAAAGAUUUGUUCUUUUAUUGAUCAGAAUGUUUGAAAUUUCAUUACUGGAACGUGAUGAAAACUGGUUAUUUAUAUUGACAAGUUUCUAUGUAAAAGUGGAAGGUUUGUAAGCUCAGUUCUACUUUUCUUAGACGUACUAAAUACUUGUUCUCACUCGUGUGCUUUAGUAGUUUUCAGAGUUGAUCUUGUGCUGUGAAACGCUGAAUUGUGCGCGUGAAGCUCCGGAACUUCACAGUAAAAUGAUGGUCGAUGCUCCCGCAUUGGGGGACGUUGGUAUGGCUAGAAUCAAUACCAUAAUUUUGUAGUCAACUUACUUUUUUGUAAUUCAAAAACUGAGCUACAAAUAUAACUAAUAAUCAGUUAA